GCCGGCGCGCGACCAUAUUCCCGCAGGGAUGAAAGGAUGGGCGACAGGCGUACACAACACGAUUCGUUCUCGCUGUGCGGUGCGCUCUUUGUUUCAAGGUCGGCAGUUGCUACCGAGGGCUAGGCCAGUUUGCCUAACGGUUCCAAAAGACGUAUAAAAGGCAAGCUUGGGACGCACAAUGCAUGUUAGGCCUGGACCGGGUGGGUGGAGGGGCGGUUGCACCCGUGGAUACCGUCCAACACCGCGAGUGGAACACACCCAAACAGCCGGCUUAAACACUUGGAGCAGACGACAACUAUAAAUCUUCCAGCAAUAUGCCAGAUUCAUUGAAAGACGGCUGCGAGGCCCGGUGGGCAUGGAGCAGACGGGACAAAUCUCACGAAGUAAGAUUGUAUGGCAAAAAGAUGCAGACGGCACAUUUCCAUCCAAACUGGAGCAACGGAACCGCCGGUGUUCGGGGUACCAAACCCCUGAACUAUGGAAGACACUACUGGGAGAUCAAGAUUUCUCAGAGGAUAUUUGGAACCAGCAUGAUGUUUGGACUCGGAACAAAACAUGCCCGUCUGCAUGUGGAUGCAUUUGUAAACCUGCUCGGGGAAGAUGAGCACAGUUGGGGACUUUCACACAAGGGGCUUCUCUGGCAUAAUGGCAAAUGGAGGCGGUAUUGUUCUCCAUUCCAGGAAAACGAGUCGACAAUAGUGGGUAUGUUAUUCGACUGGUCUACAGGAACACUGACAUAUUUCAAAGACGGAGAGUGUUUGGGAGUUGCAUUCACGGAACUGAAGAAAAUAUCCGAAGGUUUGUAUCCUAUCGUCUGCUCCACAGCUGCUAAGACAGAAAUGACCUUGGGGUUAAAGUGGCGAAGUUUUUCCAACCUGCAAGACCGCUGCCGAGCGACUAUUCUUACCAACCUUAAUGAGGAAAAUUGUAUCGAGAGAUUACCACUGCCAAAUCCAAUGAGAGAAUUCUUGCGAGAAAGUGGUUGACAUUCAUCUGUUGUUGUUUGUGUACUAUUCAUUCAUUUAUCAACUUCGACGGUUUCAUAGAUUCAUAUGAAAUACAGAAAUCAACGGGAGAAAUCUGUCUCAACUGUACAAAGACUUCCAAACACUGACUUCAAUAUGGCGUUUUCGUCCUGACAUUGUUUCGCCCGGAUGCUGCAUAAUUGAUAACAAUAAUCGAUACGAAGAUCUAUGGCCGCUUGUCCCAAUCUGUUGCCCUUUGUUCGGGCCGGGGUAAGGGUAAGCCAAAUUCACCACCGUUAUUAUACCACCCUAUAAAGGUUUUCCAGAGAUGUGCUGCUAAAUUAUACAUAUUUGACAUUAAUCAUUCAGAACGAACACCGAGGAAUGUUUCCACAGCAUGGACAAUGCGAAACAAAGGACAGAGCUGUCGCAGACACUGAUUUUGAAAUGUCGCCCGACGCUGACAUUUCGUGUAUAGUUAUUAAGUUAUUAGUGAAAUAUUUCCAAGUGCUAUUUUUGUACUGAGCUUACGGGUGAUAUCGUAUGAUACUUGUAAGCAAGGAUGAGUCCCAGCUAGUCAAAUUGUGAAUAUGAAUGUGUAAAUAUGUGUGUUCUUAUCAAAUGUUAGUUUGUUCGCAAUUUCGCUCAUUGUUGAUGAGGCAAUACAAAAUGCUCUACAUUUAAUUUAAUUUUAUUCCGAAAUAUAUGAUUCAUUUGGCUUGAUUCUGUUAAGGGCAAAUUUACAGCUGUUCAUUAUCAAAUAAGGCGAAAGCCAUACAAGCACUUAAACCGACGCUGGUAUGGAAAUCGAUUUCCAACAUAUUUUUAGAAAUAACCAUUCAUGCAGGCCGCUCAGCUUAUAGCUUCAGUCAUAAGAUGAACGGCAAUUUGGCUAUGUGUUUUAGCAGUGAGCGUUUUGCGAACCUACUUUUGUGUGUGUGAGAGUGUAUCUAUUUAUGUAUGGAAGAAUAUCUUCAUCAUUGUCAUUCCGUGACGAUAACAGGCGGGUACCAUGUGCAAUAUAUUUAUGAACCUUGUCUAUAGCGAGAUAUAAUAUAUUUUACUGUUUGAAUGUUGUAGUGUUUAAUCUGCUUUAAUUUAUUGCCUUAGAUAAGUUCACGGGUCAUUGAAAUCCACUGUACAUAGACCCUUCAGUUGUAGUAGUAGCGAGCUGGUAGAAGCUUGUACCAUGUAUGAAGUCAUAUUGUACAUCAAUGUAUUGUAGAUGAAGUCACAUUUUAUACAUUUAAAAAUGAAGUAAAACAUUAUUCUAAAUAAGA